AUGGACAUAAGGAGCGGCCAUUAUGCGACCACAAGGAGGGGCCCGGACGGCGCCUUGGUGGACAAGCCAAAGGACGAACUCCAGGCGGCAAAGGAGCGCAUCAUUAAGCAGCAGGCCGCGGAGGGCAAGAUGCCGGGGGCAAUGCUGAUGCAGGACCGCGCAGGCGACAACAAGCAGGAGGCGUGGGGCAAUGUGUCGGCCGACAUGUACGACGAGGGUGCAUCGCAGAUGUCGUACGCCACACCGGGAUUGGACGCAGGUGUUGGCGGCAGCGGCGAGUCGGAGGACCGUCAGCCCGUCACCCGCGGUGCGGAGAGCGGAGUGCGCCGGCCUGGCGCCCUAUUGGUUGAGGACGGUUACCAGUUCGGCGUGCUGGACCAUAUCGGCUGUUGCUCCUGA